GCCGCCAUCACCGGCCGGCGCGCGCCGCCCCUGUGGGCCGCUCCGGUUACCGGGGCAACCGCGGCGCUUCCUCCUUGUGGGCCGCGACCGCUCUCCGCGCCAUUUUCAAACCGCGCUCGUGCCGGAGCUAUUGGGCGCAGCGGGAGGAGCCAGCGAGGACGGCGGGUCCCCAGGGCGAUGCGCCGCGCGGGGGAGCGGCGGCGGGAACGGCGGACUUUAAUUUUGGAGAGUGAAUAAAACUGGUUUUGGGAAGACAAGAUGACUACAGCUGCAGAGAGGAAGUAUAUUAACAUUAGGAAAAGGUUAGACCAGCUGGGCUACCGCCAGACUCUGACGGUAGAGAGUCUGCCUUUGGUAGAAAAACUUUUCAGUGAUUUGGUUCAUACAACAGAGAGCCUGCGGCAGAGCAGGUUGUCCUCGGCAAAGGCGGAGAAGGAAAGUGCCAAUUUCGAUUUUGUUUUGGAACCUUAUAAACUUGAGAAUGCAAGGCUGAGUAGGGAGAAUAAUGAGUUGUAUCUGGAGUUGAUGAAGCUGAGAGAACACUCAGACCAGCACAUUAAAGAGUUGAAAACUACAUUGAAAAAGUGUUCACAUGAGACAGAGGAUCUGAAAUUUCUGAAUAACCAGUAUGUUCAUAAACUCAAACUCUUGGAGAAAGAGAGCAAAGCUAAGAAUGAAAAAAUCCAACAACUUCAAGAAAAGAAUUUGCAAGCUGUAGUACAAACUCCCGGUGGCAAGAAAAGAAGCAUUGCAUUUAGACGCCAGCGGAUGCAAAUCGAUGAGCCAGCCCCACCCUCUGAGGUCAGCUCCUACCCAGUCCCACAGCCAGAGGACCCAUACAUCGCAGACCUCCUGCAAGUGGCUGAUAACAGGAUUCAGGAACUUCAGGAGGAAGUCUACCAGCUGCAAGAGAAGUUAAUGCUGAUGGAAAAUGGAGUGAGAGGUUACAGCAAGCAGAUUGAACUAAGAGAACGAGAAAUAGAACGGCUGUCACUUGCUUUGGAUGGCGGUCGUUCCCCGGAUGUCCUGUCUCUGGAGAAUAGAAAUAAAACCAAUGAAAAGCUUAUUGCUCAGUUAAAUAUUCAGGUUGACUUUCUUCAGCAAGCUAAUAAAGAACUGGAGAAGCAUAUUCAAGAACUCAUGGAAACCAAGGAAACAGUGACGACCGAAGUUGUAAACCUAAGUAACAGGAAUGAAAAGCUCUGCCAGGAGUUAACGGAAAUCGACCAGCUAGCUCAGCAGCUGGAAAGGCAUAAGGAGGAAGUGCUGGAGACUGCAGACAAGGAGCUUGGGGAGGCGAAGAAAGAGAUUAAAAGAAACCUCUGUGAAAUGCGGAACCUUGAGGAAAAAAUGUCUAAACUUCAACUGGAAUUAGACUUAUGCCAUAAGGAAAAAGAGAGACUAAAUGGUGAACUCCUUCUGAAAUCAGACCUGGAAACUGUUGUUCAUCAACUUGAACAAGAAAAAUACAGACUUAGCAAAAAGUUGGAAAGUUUUGCAGUCACAGAAAGAGAACUGACUUUGGAAGUUGAGAGGAUGAGGCUAGAGCACGGAAUAAAACGCCGAGAAAAGUCACCCUCCCGUUUAGAUACAUUCCUGAGAGCCAUAGAGGAGGAACGAGACUAUUACAAGAAAGAGCUGGAGAAACUCCAGCAUAUCAUCCAGCGAAGAACUUAUUCUGUGAAUUACUAUGCCCGGGAAAAAUCCUCAAUGUACAAAUGCUCAGAAAAGGGGGAUCACAAUUCAGACGUUCAUCAGAUCACAAGAGAAAGAGAUGAGCUUCAGCGAAUGCUAGAAAGAUUUGAAAAGUACAUGGAGGAUAUACAGUCCAAUGUGAAACUGCUCACAGCGGAAAGGGAUAAACUCAGUGUCUUGUAUAACGAAGCAAAGGAAGAGUUAUCUGCCCUGAAAGAGGAUUCCUCAAAUAAGACAGUCUCCAACAGUCGUGUUAGUUGUAUGGAAAAGGAGAAAGAGCGCGUAUUAUCUGACUUACGAAGAAUUACAGCAGAAAAGGAAGCUCUAAGAGAAAAGUUGAAAAAUAUCCAAGAAAUGAAUGUUUUUGGGAACUCGGAAUUGGAGAAAACUAUUGAACAUUUAACAUAUAUGAAUCACCAGUUUGAAAAUGAAAAAUAUGAAUUGCAAUCUAAAAUAUUAGCAAUGAAAGAAACAGUAGAGUCAUUACAGAACAAAGCAAAACUCCAAGCUCAAAAGCUUAGCCAUGUGACUGGCGACUCAUCCCAUCAGAAAACCGAGAUGAACUCUCUUAGGAUAGUAAAUGAACAACUACAGCGUUCACUUGAUGACUGUCAACACCGGCUUGCCAUAAAAAGAGGUGAACAUGAAUCGGCCCAAGAAGAAAUUAAAAUUCUGGAGGAAAAACUAGAGAAACUAAGCCAUAAGAUGACAUCACAGGAUGAAGAAGUUCACACCAUGAAGAAGACCAUUGGUGUGAUUGACAAGGAGAAGGACUUUCUCCAGGAGACUGUCGACGAGAAGACGGAAAAGAUCGCCAGCCUGCAAGAAAGCCUCACCAAUAAAGAGAAAGCUAUUGCCCAGGUGAAGGUCACAGUCACAGAGUAUGAAACGUCUUUGAACCAGCUAAAGGACACUUUGGCUAAUCGAGACCGAGAGAUAAGCAGCCUUCGCCGCCAGCUUGAUGUGGCUCACAAAGAGCUUGAUGAUGUUGGGAAGUCUAGAGAGAUCUCCUUUAAGGAAAACAGAAGGCUACAAGAUGACCUGGCCACGAUGGCGAGGGAAAACCAGGAAAUCUCGAUGGAACUGGAAGCAGCGAUACAAGACAAAGAAGAGAUGAAGAAUAGAGUUCACAAGUACAUCACCGAGGUGUCGCGGUGGGAGAGCCUGAUGGCUGCAAAGGAAAAUGAAAACAAAGACUUACUAGACAGAUUCCAGAUGCUUCACAACCGUGCUGAGGACUGGGAGAUCAAAGCCCAGCAAGCUGAAGGGGAGAAUAGCUCGGUCCGCCUGGAGCUGCUGUCCAUCGACACAGAGAGGAGACACCUUCGAGAACGAGUAGAGCUCCUCGAGAAGGAAAUCCAGGAGCACAUAAAUGCACAUCAUGCUUACGAGUCUCAGAUCUCAUCAAUGGCAAAAGCCAUGGCUCGGUUAGAAGAAGAACUGCGAUGUCUUGAAAAUGAGAAGGCAACAGUGUUAAGUGAUAUGUCAUCUCUCCGAGAACUUUGCAUUAAGCUCGACACGGGCAAAGACCUCAUGACCCAACAGCUGAAUUCCAAAAGUUUGGAUCUGGAGAGGGCAAUGGCAGAAUUAGAAAAUGUAAAAUCAGAGUCAGAACUAUUAAAAAAACAACUGACAAGUGAGAGACAGACCAUUAAAAAUCUUGAAUCGUUGUUAGCUACGAACAGAGAUAAGGAAUUUCAUUCCCAUCUGACCUCCCAUGAGAAGGACACAGAAAUCCAGCUGCUGAAAGAGAAGUUAACCCUCUCAGAAAGCAAAUUAACUACCCAGAGCCGAGAAACCUCCAUGCUACGAGCUAAAGUGACACAAUUUCAGGCAGAUUAUGAAAAUCUGAAAAGGCAGAUUUCAAACGAGAGAUAUGAACGAGAGCGAGCAAUCCAAGAGAUGCGCCGACAUGGUCUUCCUACAUCACCUCUGAGUUCUACUCUGAGAUCUCCUGUACAUUCUCCUGAACAUAUAAAUGCAUAGUUAUCAGGAAGGUGAUGGUUUUCAGUGAGUUUCCACGUGGAUUUUUAUAAGAGCACAAAAGUAAUGAGAUAUUUGAAGUACUUGUUCCUGCGAAUCAUGAACAGUGACACAAAUUCUACCUCUGUCAACCUUUAUUUAAAUCAGUGGAUAUUUAUGUAAAAAUGUUUAGUUUAAAAGAGCCCUACAUGUAUAUUUUCAUAUAUGUGAAAAAACAAAAUAUGUAUUAAUAGUACUUAACUGACAUGAUAUGUGUAUUUUUAUUAUUCCCAACUAAAAUUACUCCUUAAAGUGUGUUUAUACUGUGAAUUAAUUUAAUAUACUCACACUAUGCUUUAAUAAUGUUUCUUAAUGAGAAAUAAUAUAAGCAUGUAAAUAUCCUUCCAUUAUUUAGGUGUGUUUGGUUUUCACACCUGUGUGUAAGCCCAUAGCAUGAUGGACUAAGAGCAUGAUCCAU